AUGAAGAGUUCUUCACGCUCGCUGCCUCUUCUGGGUAGCCUGGCUUUGUUUGCAAAUGCAGUACCUACCAACUCCCCUUCCAUCACCUUCAUCUCCCCAUCGAAAUUGAGUCCAGGCAGCGCACAGAAUAUCGUCGUACAAUAUGCCGGUGAUGUCGAUGGACAAUUGACACUGGCCUACGGCUCAUGCGACAGCGACGCAGAGACCUGGCAGCGAAUUGGUUCGACGCAUGUUGGGCAACACUCACUAGCUGCUCGUCACUCAGACCACCCAGAUAAACGACCCACGUCAUUUGUCUGGGUUGUUCCGAGCGAUGUCGCUGACGGUUGUCUCAAUGCUUUCUUGGAUGAUAGUUUGAUCGGAAAGUCUGAUAAACUCGCUGCUCAAAGGCUGAAGAGACGAAGUGAGAAGAAGAAGUCUUUUGCGGAUGUUGCUGGAGACGAUAGCUUGUGGUUCGAUGGCGUGGCAUACCUCAAGCAGAAGCAGCCUGAUGAUAUCUUUGUUAGCGCUACUAAGAACAAGACCUUUGGUAUCUUAGGUGGCGGUAUAUCUGGACUCAUGUCAUCACUCAUUCUUGACUCAGUGGGUAUUCACAACUGGAAGAUCCUCGAAUCGUCUGAACGUGUAGGAGGUCGUAUCAGAACAGCGUAUCUGAACGGCACCUCCCCCGACGAUGGCCAGUACCAUGAACUUGGACCAAUGCGCUUCCCCUACGAGCUCACAGACUCUGAAACGAAUGAGACCUUCCCAUUCAUGGAUCAGCGCAUGAUCUUCCAGCUAGCAGAUGUUCUCAACGGCAUGAACGAAGGCAACAAAUCACUCCAGGUCAAGUUCUGGGACUGGAUUCAGAGUUCCCCGAAUACACCCGUCGAUUCACCAUUCCGCCGUCCCGACGGUACUUUCCCCAGCAAAUUCGAAGUUGCGAACAACCCAGAUUACAGUAAUCCUGCGGUAUACAGCAAUGAUACGGCAGCUGAAGAAGCUAUUCAAGCUUUGGACGAUUUCAAGGGUCUUACGCCUGAGAAGAUCCGUAUGUACACCAAGAACAUCUUCAAAGCUUACAAACAAGCCAAGGAAGACGGGUCGUUUGAUUACUCUGAGGUUUCGUACCUUCGCGAUGUUAUCAAGACGGAGCUGAAUGUUACUGAUGAGGUUUCGCCGACUCAUAUUUACUGGCCGAUGUGGGAGUACGAGACUAUUUACUUCCUGGCUAGUAAGUGGGUAACCAUCAAGGGCGGCCUCAGCAGACUCCCUGCAGCCUUUGAACCUCAUAUUGAGGACCGGAUUCAAUACAACGCCAAGGUCAACGGUCUGCGAUAUAACGAGAACAACAAAACUCUGUCCGUGUCGUGGAAGCCAACGGGUUCAAAGCCCUUUACGACCCCGAAUAAUGUCGACAACUUCGACUACGUACUUAACAGCGUUCCACUCAACUUGAUGAAGUUCUGGAAACUGCCUCGCUACUCAAGUCUUCUCAAGCGCGCCAUCGACAGAACCCUCUUCGCCAACGCUUGCAAAGUUGCCGUGCAGUUCAAGACUCGCUUCUGGGAACAUCUCGAUCAACCCAUCAUCGGCGGCUGCACACGUCUAACAAACCCACAACUAGGCCAAGUGUGCUAUCCUUCAUGGCAAAUCAACGCCACAGGCCCAGGCACAAUGAUGGCAUCCUACCUGUCCGACUAUGAAGCCACAGCCGCCUGCGCCAUGUCCGAAGAAGAGCACAUGGCCUACAUCAAGAACGCCCUCAUCGAAGUACACGGCGACGUCGUGGAGGAGAACUGGACAGGUAAUUGGAAGCGACAGUGCUGGGAGCAGGAGGAGCAUCAUGCUGGAGCUUUCACGAUGCAGAUCUUUGGACAGCAGCAUUUGUACCUGCCUGCGUUCUAUCAGACGGAGUUUAAUACUGUGUUUAUUGGUGAGGCUGCUACGUUUACACAUACGUGGAUAUUUAGUGCGCUUGAGAGUGCAGUUAGGGGGAGUGUGCAGUUGCUUUUGGAUAUGGGACUUGUUGAUGAGGCGAAGAAGGUCACUGAGACUUGGAUGGCACGUUGGAUAGAUGUUUAG